AUGUCCUCCAUCGCUCUUUGGGUGAAGCCUGAUGCCUUUGAUUUCGGUGCAAUUCACGCCCCUUUGCCACCUAAACUCACUUUGCAGGUAACAGCACGCAUUUUCUGUAUAAGCAGCUCUGAUCUCCGCUAACUACUGUAAUCAAAAGCUUUUAGUUAAAAAAUCUAAAAAUAUAGUUCUUAAUCAUUAUACAGCUAUAUUUAUUUUGCUUGGCAAUGUUUUUAAUCAAUUUCAUUCAUUUUUAUAUUUAGAAUUUUAGCAUCAAUAAUUAAGUCUCAUACAACGUACUGUAGCUAUUUAGGCACAUGAUUUCACAUGUACAGGCCGGGACCCCGCACAAUCCAUUUGUGUAUCCGAUUGAUGUAUUGGAUUUACCAUUUUCUUUAUUUAUUUAUUUAUUUAUUUAUUUAUAGUGAUGUAUCGCUAAAUAUGUACAUGGAUAAUGUAAAUUAAAUUUAAACGUUGUAUUAUUUUUAACCUGCGGUAUAUUGUCGUAUCUUUGCCUCAAAAGGGGUAUUAGAGCGAUUUGGAAAGUUUUUUAGUUCACCGUUUACUGUUCCUCUUUAAUAGAAGGACGAGGGUGGAAGCAAUUUUUUGAAAGGCUCCAGCGCCAGAGCAAUUUUCCCCCAGAAAAUCGCAUCGCUCAGCUUUCAAACUUUGCAGCAGAAAGGCCGAAAGAUUCACACUUCUUCCCAUACCUCGUGAUCGAAAAUCCAUUCAAAUGGCCUGGAAUGAACCCUCGAAGAAAUUAAAAUCCCACAGUUUUUGAACGGUCAAAAUGUGUAGCAAGAAUUAUACUUGCCAGGCAGAAAUCGUCCUGCUGGUUUCCUCUUUUUGAUUGGAUGUCAUUAAAGAAUAACUGAUUAAAAAUUUGCACCUAGUCUGCUUUAAUCUGUAGUUGUUAAACCAUUUGUUUAAUAAUGAUAUCCAAUGACAAAUAGGCAAUCAGCAGGAUGAUUUCUGGCUGGCGUGUAUAAAUCUUGCUACCCAUUUUGAUUGUUCGAAAACUGUGGUAUUGUAAUUUUCUUUGAGGGCUAGCCCCAGGCCGUUUGGAUUGAUUUUUUUAUUGGGAGGUUAAGAAGAAGUGUAAAUCACUCAGCCUUUCUGAUGAGAAGUUCGAAAGCGGAACAGUGUGAUUUUCUGGGGGGAAAAUGCUCCGGCACUGAAGCCUUUCAAAAAAAAUUGAUUCCACCCAUGUCCUUCUAUGAAUAGGAACAGUAAAUGGCAAACUCAAAAUCCUUCCAAAUCACUCAAAAUACCCCCUUUUGAGGCGAAAAGACAACAAUAUACAGCAGGUAAGGUAAUACAAGGUUUUUACAUAUUCAGUGAUAUACAGUGUAUAGCUAUAGAUGAAGCAAAUGGUAAAUCCAAUACAUUUAUUUACCAUAAAAGAACAAUCAACCCACUCCAACCCAACCAUGCACCAUGAUCAUCUACUCAAAAUUACACUUCUUGAAUUCCUUGAUAAAAUUAAAUGCUUAACGUUAUCCUAUUUUAGAACUUGUACAAGUUGUCUAUUUAUGCCAGGAACAAGGGAAAGGCAGGUUAUCCAAAAUUAAGGUAAAGUUAUUUUUUCCAGUAUAUGUUUAUACUACUUUUUAUUAUUUAAACAAAUUUUACAGGCUAAGUUUGCCCUAAGAGAAAUAAAACUCAUUGAGUGGGCUCACUUCACUGUAUUGGCCGACAGUUAUAAGCCCACUGAAUUAGGUAGAUUAAAGUCCCAUUUACACAGCAUUCAUUUUGGGUCCUGCAUUCCUAAAUUUCGGCACACAGGCCAAAAGAAACAGGGUAUGGCCUGUGUCAUUUACACAACAAAGAUGUGUUUGAUUUGUUUCAAUGUUGAUUUCAGGCUGCUCCCCACCCCCUUUUCCCCUUUAAACCAGUUUGGACCCCUACAAUAAAUAGACUCCAUGGGUAUUUAUUAGGUCAAAAUUUACGGUAUUCAUUUUUCUUUCAAAGGCUACUGAAUGGUUUUUUGCCAGUUUACGUUGAAUAUAGGAAAGAAAACAAACACUGUUAUUUAACUCUUGCUUGCAGUUACUCUGUGUGGAAGAAUGUGGCAUGCAACAAAUUACACAUUUCUGAAGACCUGGCAUGGCUGUAAGUAUGAUAACUGCAUUAUCAUGUUGACUAAGAAUGGUUUAUUAAAAUGGUAAUUAAUAUUAUUCUUAUUUUGUUUUGAAGAUAUUUUGAAACUUUUGAUAUGCUGAGUGGCUCAAGUUUCAAGGAGCAUUCAAACUGGAAUGAGAGUUUUUCUCGCUGUAAGAGUCAGGAGGAGAUAGGCAAGUAGGCUACAUAACCAAUUUUUUUUUUUCAACACGCAAGUUACUGAGGCUUUGAUAAACAAGAUAUCUUCAAUUCUAAAACUGUGUGGAAUGUUUACUUUAAACUUUAAUAUUAUCCACAGAGGAACUUUCUUAUCCACAGAACAACUGACGGCAAUGUGUUAAUAAGUUUCUUCAAAGAUUAUGAUGCCUAGUGGUCUUUUUCUUGGGACUGUGCAUUGUUGUUGAGAAUGUCAUGGCCAAAAAGUCAAAUUAGAUUCAUCUUUAAUGCAGAAGAGAUAAAGGAACAAGAAAAAUGUAAUAAUAUCAUGUACCUUGGAUGAGGAAAGUCCAUGAAAAAUCCUUACUUCCAUCAAAAUAAUUUGUUAUCCUUGGGGCCUUCAUGAAAGCUUAUAUGUAUUUCCAAAUUCAGGAGCUGUAUGUUGGCAUGAGCAACAAAGCUGGCAUAGUACUCAGCUUGUAAUCAAUGUUUGUGGCAGUUUUGGCUCUUUUUGGCCAGACAGCAAACUGAAAAUGGCUCAGCUAGCUUUGAAUACAAUUUCCCUGCAAAAUUUCCAGCAGUAGGCCAAGGGUUAAAUUACUACCAUAUAUUUUUUUCUUUCUUAUAACAUGUCAGGGCUGAAAAUAAUGGCCGGUCAACGGACAAUGUCCGGCCUGAUUGCAGACUUGACCGGUCAAACCCUUCUAAGAAAAAGAUCGGCGCAACAAAUUAAUUUCAUGAUGUCAUGUCGUAAUGAAACGCAACAAAAUGAAAAGUAAAGCAACGUUGCAAGUCGUACUGUACUUUCUGCUUUGCUGUAAUCAGUAAUGUGAUUUUCUUUGGGAAUUCGAAGGAAUUCGGGCAAAUCGAUCGCAAUUCUCAACUGGUCGUCCUGUGUUUCUCCUGGAAUAAAUGUUAGGGCAUCGAUUAAUAGUAAUUUCUUUUAUGUCAAACAUGAAUCUGGUUUGCACACGCGAUUCCAGAAUGGUCUGAUAAAAGUUUAAGCUAAUCAAGAAGCGCUAGAUUCUUGUUCUUGUAAACAACUUUAUGCAAAUUUCUGUUAACAUUUGAGCCCUUUGUAAUAAGAUGUUGCCCAAUGACCCAAAUUUAUUUAUUUAUUGACUUCUGAUGAUAAAAACGCUGUUUGUGGAACAAACUUUUCGCUAAUACAAAUCAACUUCUUUGACAAAAAUAUUAGCGACGAUUCUUCUUUGAGGAGGUGUCUUUCGAUCACGUGCCAGGCAAGGAAAAAGAUCAAGUUUCACUGGUGUUCAUUUUGGAACAUCAACGUUAAAACAAGCGUGUGGAGAUUUUGUUUUUUGUUUUUUUCGUAAUUCCUAAAGUUUGCUGAACUGUAUGUGUAUUCCGUUUCCUGAACCUUGAGAGUUUGAAAAGGAUUUGCGUUUCACUUUUUACCUCUAGAGACUUCAGACAACGCCGUGCAAUGAUACUCAAGGUAGAAAGUAACAGUAAAACACACGAAAACCGCGGAAAGGAACUCUACAAUGUGCGAAUGCAUUUUUCACCAACUUGCUGUCAAAAAUGUGAACGUCAAUGUAGUAAUAAUGAUCUAUUGCCAGCAUAAUUGGAUAUUCCCUAGGCAAAAAAAAUUAUUAGUAUUCAUUAUUUGACCGGCCAGAAUCGGGAUUUGUCCAGGCUAAAAAAUAUUUGGCUAGUCAUCAUGACUGGCAACAUGCUGUCCGGUAUUUUCAGCCCUGCAUGUCAAGUAAACUUAUUUCAUUUCUUUUCUUUCCACAGAUCAUCUUAGAUCUCAAGGCUCUGUUAGAACAUUGCCGUUCAUAUUGUUUUUAUACAUUCAACAAAUUCACAAGAUUUCAUUCAAGGCAUCUCUGGUGCUAGGAGGAGAAGAGUAUCCUGAUUAUAAUAAUUAUUAUUUUAUUUAAAUGAUAUUAGACUUGAAAGAAAAGGUGAUUAAACACUGUAAAUGUAGAGGAAACAACUUCCAGAAUGUAGAAUAAAAUUUUAACUAUAUUUAUAAUAAUGUUGGUGUCACUCUUAGUCACUGAUUUUAACACUGUUCUUUAAUGUAUACUUAGUUGAUUGCACUGAAUAAUGAUCUUGUCAACCAUGAAAUUAAUUUUUGUGGGGGAAAAUUUUUUGUAUUUUUUUGUUUGUUUGUUUGUUUUUACUUUGUUUAUUUUUGGAGAAACCUUUGUCAGAUCAUGAAAAAGAUUUUAGAACUCACAAGGAAAUAGAUAGGUAUGAUACACCAUACAAAUGACUGAGAUUAAGGAGUGUGCAUCUUUCGGUCACACAUAGCAAAUUUUCUUCUUUAAUAUUAAUUUCUAAAACAUUGGUAUGCCAUGCAUGCAUAUUAAAAUGACUCACAGUAUUAUAGUUGCUUGAAUGCUUCCUUAACAAAUUAACAGAUGGCCAACACGCUCACGUUCUCCAGACCUGGAAAACAAAGGCUCUGUUGCUGUUAAGGUUUGCUGAUAGCUUUAUUUUUAGUACAGUUAGAUUCAGUACUGUGGUAUUCAGACAUUUCUCCACAAUAAAAUAACUCAGUUUAACAGCACAUAUGAAUACCACCUGUCAACCAGGAUGUAACUCAAUACAAUGCAAUGACACUAGCUUCAUGUAUCCUCAGAACAGCCGUCAUUUUUGAGGUGGCAAGGAAGCCAGAAUGACAUUUUGUUCAAGCAGAGUUCAAAGAAUGUUUUGACAGUUUUACAGCUUGCCAUGUGGACAAGCUGUAGUUAGCAUGUACUAUCCCAAAAUUAUUUUAGCUAGCACCAAAAAAUUUUUGAUGAGCAGGAUUGCUUCAGUUUUUUGGUUAUUUUAAUUCCCCAAAAAAUUUCACUUUCUCAUUGGGCAAGUUAAGAACACAAUUCACUUGCAUGUUAGGAAAUCCACUAGCCCUGGGUUAUCUGACACUAUAGUUUCUUUGCACACUUAUAAGCCAUGGAAAAUCCUUAGCCUUUGUUGACAACUCUGUCCAGAUCAGCAGCAUCCCUACAUAUUGUAUUAUAAAAUAAUUUUUGUGACAGUUUUUGUUUUUGCAUAUCAACAGAGUCUUGAUGAACAUGACCACAUGAUGUUUGUGUUACAUCAUCUGAACGAUAUCUUAGAACUGUUAAUGGAGCCUGGUAAUUGUACUCCUCUGUGAGCUUAGUAUGCCUAUUUCCUGCAAAACAAAAACAGGGCUAAAAAGCUGCUUGUAUUGCUUCCUUAUCUUAGUUAAUGACUUUGCAACAAAAUAACUUGCUUUUACCGUUGCCCAUUAGACUAGUAAGCUUAACCCUUUAGGUCCCAAGAGUGACCAACAUCAAUUUUCUCCUAAGAACAUCAGCAGAUCAUCCAGAGUAAAGGUUAUGAGAAUUACUAAAUUGAUUACCAAAGGGAGAACACUUUGAUCUUUAACCAAAUUCUCUCAACUAUUCUUAAAAGAAAUGUAUGGAGAUCAGUCUGGAGAAUUUGUAUGUGGAUCUUGGGGAUUAAGGGUUAAAAAAGGUUUUGCUCAGCGAGAAAAUCUGUCCCAGACAUCCAAACGGGCCCUGAUUGUUCAAACGUUAGAUAAUGCUUCUGUAUUCAACAGAUAAAAAUCUGUCCAGUGGAUAAUGCAAUUGGUUGGUGGAUAGUGAUGUAUGCCGUAGGUAGCACUAUCUUACGUUUGUUGUCAGAGCUAGUACUCUUUUCUAUCCCUGAAAAAUAUGUCAGGUUAAUUUUUUGAGAAGUAUUAAACAUGCAAUCUCCAUGUACACAAUACAUGUUAAAUCAUCCUCUAAAUUGUUUUGUGGUUGUUUGUGUGCGCAGAAUCCAGUGCAAACAAUGGUUCUGGCAAUGAAGCUUGCCUUACUGUUGAAGCUCUUGAUGCUCUGGGGUUCCUUAUAACAGGAGUAACUGAUAGCAGGUUGGUUAUAGCUAGCAAUAAUACUCUGUGCUGCUGGCCCAUUAGCCAAGACUUUUCUCAGGAAGGUGCAUGCACCAGAUGAUCUUAAUGUCUGAGGCACAAGUAACUAAGGGAGUUACUGAGGGGUUUGUGAACACCCCCUACCUUUAACGAUUUUGAAAAAAAUAAUCAUCUCUUGCCUGUAAAUAGUGAAAAUCUAAAAAAUACUGUCCAAUGUGCAUGUCACAGAUAGAAUAAUUUUCCCUGCAACAAUGGAGUCCUUUGAAUACAGUCAAUGCAUUUUCACCAUUUAGGCAUGAUAUUUUUUUAAUGGAUUGGUCUUUUGGACUGUUUUUUCUGUAUAUCCAAAGGGCUUUGCUGUAAAAAUUUUGUGCACAACAAUUUUGCUCAAAAAACUGGACAGUGGAAAAUGGCUUCUACUUCUUAUCCACUAACAAUCUUCAACAGUUCUUAUAAUUCACUUUUUUUUGUUUGCUGAAUUUAUUAGCAGAUGACUUCAUUUGUGUUUUCAUAUCAUAAGGGUUUGGGUGAGGUGCAAAGAUAUUUUGUGACCAGAAAUUCAACAUGUAAACUGCAUUUUUCUCUUUCACUAUCUGUACGAUAUACCUGGUAGCAUACACCUGUUCUUGAUGACACAAAGAACAGCUGUACAGAUAACUAGUAUGAACCCAACAGAGAUAGCACUCAGCAACACAUGGAGGUGCUUGCAAGUACAUGCCCACCUAUUGCCCCUCCCCUCUCUAUGAUGGUUGCACCUUUGAUUUUAUGUUAUGCCUCCUAUAACACAAGGAUUACAAAGAAAAGCCACUGUUUUGCAGACAUCAAGCACUUUGAGUGGGCUGUUUUUCCCAGUUAACCAUUUAUGUUUGCUUUACAGUCAAACAGAAAGAACCAAACUUGAAGAAAGUCGAGGUCUUUAUCUAGGUCCAAAUAGUUUUCAAGCACUUAUUUUCGGGGUAGGGGUAGGGGUAAGGUGAUUAAGACAGUAAUAAAAGUAUUGUAGGAGCGCAUGAUGGCGGGCUAAAAUAGCAGGAAAUAAUUAGAGGCAAGCCCUUGACCUUCUUUAAACCAGGUAAUCAAUUAACGUAAGCAUUAACUUGCUUGUACUCUUUUGUAGAACUAUUCAAUCACUGCCUGAAUUAGCUCGCCUUCAGCCAGAAAGACCCAGGAGUGGUUAUUCGAAGGUAUUUAAACUUUAGCCUUUCUGUUUUACCCCAACACUUUUAUUAGAUUAAGUUUUGUGGUGAAUUUAAUUCUCAGAGUAGUUAAUUACAAAACACUUACAGCCUUUCUUACGUGGUUUAUUUUCUUCUAAUUUAUCUGGAUAGAAAAACAGUUAUAGUGAGACAAAAAUGAGAAAAUCAGCUUGUCUGAAGGGAUGGUGCAACUUUAGUCUUUUGGUAUUGCUUUACCAUAAAAACUUAUUGGAAUCAAAGAAAACCCUAAUGGUGUGUUUGGCUUUCUGUAUCUAUGAUGAAAACGGAUUGCAACGUGAAAAAAAUGGGCCAACGUUUUAAAGUUUAACCCUAUAGUGUUGUGGAAAAAUGACCAAAAACAGUCCAUGCUUUGUUUUCCCUUUGAUAGAAUCAUUUUGAUAUUUUUCUUUUGGAGUUCCAACAGGAUCUUUACACUAACUGUAGUUAUAAUUCACCUCAGUUUUGACUAAAAAACGUGGAGAAACAAAAACACGCUUCGGGGGUUGUUAAACUUGCGCGGUUAAAUCUUUUCAUGUACGUGUACCUAAAAUGCAUCACUCCACAGAUUUCCAGAACGUUCUCAUUUCGUCAUCUUCAGUCCUGGUUGAGAUCCAAUUUGCAAGUGAAUCCUUUUGGUGUGUCAUCCAUACUUGCUCGAGGAUUUAAGCCACAGGAAACACCUACAAAAAGUAAGAAAUUGCUUGUUUUGAGGCUGUAAAACGCAGGGCAGAGAGUAUUUAUGUGUUGAACAGCGUUAGAUUUCUUCUCCAAAUGAAAACAGUGUUACCCCGCUUCACGGACUGUGUUGUACGUUGUCCUGAUGAAUUUUAUAUUACCUGCGGCAAGAAGUGUUAGCUCAGUCAGCAGGACGCUUCACUGCAGAGCGAGAGGUCGAGGGUUAGAUUCCCGCGGUGGGACCGAUACGGUCUUAAAAUAGCCUGUUCCAAGCGUUCAGAUAGUGGAGAGCGGUGCGAAGUAAAGAAAGCGAUGAAAAGUAGAGGGGGACUGGGGAGAGACUCCUCCUCCCUCGCUUUUAUGACUUUUUUUGCUCCUUUUUACUUCGCACCGCUCCCCACUAUCUGAACGCCUGGAACAGGCUAGUCUUAAAAUUACUGAGAAAUAAAGUACUUUCUUUGUCCUGCAAACGACUAGACUUUCGCAUGGCUUCCAUAAUCAUGUAAAAUUGCGGUCCCGUCAUAAAAAUAGUGUCUUCAAUUAGUUCGUUAAUUUCGUACUAAAUGCAUUGACAUAAAUAAAGUGCAUUUGUUUAUUUCCCUACUUUUUAGCGGUCAAUACAAAAAAAAGAUUCUGUCGAUUAAGUGGAGCUUCUCUAGGCAUGUACAAUAGAAGUCAAGUCAGUAUCUGUUGCUGUGACCUGACCUUGCUUUUUACUGUUUUGGUAGAUUUUUUAAGCCUUAGUGACACAUUUGAUGAACACAGUCUCUUACGACACCAGGAAGCGGAUACAAGUAUUUCUGCCAGCAAAGAACACUCUAUCAACAGAAGUCGAAUUAUGAGCAAUGUCAGUUAUGCUCCACCAGAGUAUGUAGAACUUACUGGGGUUUUUAGUGGAGCAUUUUACGAGAUUUGUUUAACUUAGGUGAUCUCAUUUCAACAAAGAACCGACAGAUGUUUUGGCGAAGUACAUGUUUAUCAUGAGUUCCUACUUCCUUCCAAUUCAUGAUGUUGCUGAGUUUGAACACAUUUAUUUUUCUUCCUUUGUCUUGGGCAAUAUACUCCUGCAGUAAAUUUUCCAGGCAGUCAAUAAAAACCUGCGUGCCAAACUAUUGACGAAGCGCACUGCACUAGGGUACAUUGUACAUGAAAGUUGGUCUUUAAUCUAUAUAAUUAUAUAUAAUUAUCUUUAAUUAUAUAAUAAAGUGAUAGACUAGCUCUUUAAUCAAUUAUUGCUCGCAACUCGAUCUUUUUCAUCGAUCUGACGGCCCCCAAUCUUUUGAGUACACAUUUUCAAGGAAUUGGAAUUGUCUGUUCUACAAUACAACAAAAAGGAGUUUGCUUUGUUCAAUUGCUGAGCAAUUUUAUUAUUAAUUUUGGCAGGCAAAGAGUCAUAAUUCUCUCACAAGUCUGCAAGCAAACUGUAGCGAAGGUAUAUUAAAUAACUACGCCCUUUGUUUUACAUUUUUGUGUGUGUUUGAUAAAUUCAAUACCAUUUAAAGUAGAAGCUUAAGAUUAGAUGUUAGAUGAAUGGAAAAAAGCCGAUUUAAGAAAAAGGGUUUUCCAGUGUUCCAGUACCCUCACUUCCAAAUUGAGGUCAAGUGCGAAAUCCUUUACGUAUUUUACCUGAGAAUAAAAACGUAUUUCCAGGUUAAAGACUUCGCACUUGACCUCGUUUUAUUUAAAAAAGAGACUUCAUUCAACUGGGAAGUAGGCUAUUACAGAUCGGCUAUUACAAUUAAAACAGGUGCGGGUGAUCCAAUGGUAGCCGUUACUAAGCGCGGGGAAACUUGUGCCGGCAGCAAGUCAUGAUUUGAUUAAGAAGCGCGCCAAAGUUCUUAGCCAAUCAAAAAACCGAGAAAAUACCUGGGAAAUGACUUCCUUCUUUGUGUGUUUUUUUUUUUACUUUUUUUAGGCGAGUGACUCAUACUCUGGAAGUAUGGUGAAAAUACACAGAUGUCACUACUCGUACAUCUAUAUCCUUUGUCCGCUGAGGUUUGUGUGAUGUAUGGUUUAGUGUUUUGGCCAAGUAUUGAUAAGAGAACAACACUUGUAGAAAGGGCAGGGUAAAACAAACGUUUUGAGCCUACGAUCUUACAGCUUAGUCCAAGUUUUGCGCUCAUUAGUUAUGUUUUGUCUGAAGGCUUACAGCUGCAAUUCCUAAUCGUCACUUAAUAACUUAGCAUUAGCUAUGAUAUGCGAAAAAGUUUUUUUUUUUUUCUACCACUCUAUAUUUCUUAUACUGAAGUUAUCUUAUGGUCUAAUUUCUCACCAAAGCCUUCAAUAAAGUGUGGUUUUCCAAAGCUAUUGAAUGACUUUCAGUGACUUUUGAUGUAAUUGCUUUUUCCCUUGUUUUAGGGCUGUGACAGUAGAAAACUGUCACAACUCCACAAUUGUUCUUGGAGUAGCUAAAACGGCUGUCAACAUCAUUGGUUGCGAUAGUUGUACGUUUUUUGCAGUCUGCGAUAGAAUUUCUUUCAGGUUUGUUUGUAGUUAUCUUUUUCUUAGUGUGACUUCACUAAGCGUUUGUUGUACUCUAGUAAAUAAUUCUCAGAGUCUUUCUUGAGUCAAGUGAAGCCCUAAGCCACAAGGGGGAGCAUGCAAGCCAGGGAAGCGAAGUGGUGAGAGUUCUCGCCUCCCACCAAUGUUACCCGGGUUCAAAUCCCGGCGUCGACAUCGUGAUGUGGGUUGAGUUUCUUGUUGGUUUUCUCCGUUGCUUCGAGUGGUUUUUCUCUGGGUACUCCGGUUUCCCCUUCUCCUCAAAAACCAACACUUCCUCUGAAGCACAUCUAAGUGUUUCGUGGGUAAAAAAAAUACAGUUACAACGUAAAAAUACUGGAAGGUUAGCUUGCCAAUUUUGCGCGAUUGUGGCUAAAUUAGACCUGCCAGAUGAUAAAAGGCAUUUGGUACAGCACUCAAGACCAUAGCCUUUCGGGCGUGACUUAAAAGUGCGUGUGAGUUUUCUUUUUCUUUUUUCUUUUUUUUUUUUUUCUCAUUCGUUUGUUUGUUUCUUUAAAUAUGGAUCGUUUUUCUUUGUGUAAGGAAGAAUUUCACUGUUAUUAACUGACGUAUUUCUCGUUAUUCUUUUUCAGUGGUUGUAACAACUGUACCUUUAAUCUCUGCACGCCAACCAGACCUGUAAUACUUCCAGGCAACGAAGGAUUGUUGCUGGCACCAUAUCACACUCACUACCCUGCUUUGGAGGAACAUUUACAUGGCCCUUGGGGAGUAGCUAUAGAGCCCAACCUUUGGAAUGAUCCGCUUCUCCUAGGUGAGUCUUGGAUGGGAUAGGCAUUCUCAGAUCCCAUGGCCAGUUCAGAGUCGGAGCGGAGUGUUUCCAGAAGAAAAUCGUUGUAGGAAUAGUUUUCAAAGUAAGGAAAGAACCCCUGUGCAUUUAUUCCUUCUAGAUCAGUACCAGAAUCGUUUGCUUCGACUGCAAGAAUUGUCUUUGAAAGAGAGUUACCUUCGUCACGAUCAUUUGUCAUAUCAAAGAAGUUAUUGGUGUCGCUUUGUACAAUCCAAAUUUUGUGUUAUAAUAAUUAUCAAUUUUUUGUAAGGCGCAAAAUAGCAUUUAAAUAUAUUUUUAAGUGUGUCCAUUACAAUGCUCCAUAAUUUUAUGUUGAGGGAUUAUUUUAUCAGGUCUAUCGUUUUCCAUUAAUGUUUUUGCCCGUAAUAUGUUCCAUCUUGAUUAACUUCCCUUGAGUGUCCCAGGAUGUCGGACCCGGUCUUACAUGUUCUGUGGCAUCUAUGAUUAAAAACAAAAUUAAUGAUGUUACCAAAAAGGUUUUUCACCUGCUCUGGCGAAUACAUUCAUUACAGAAAAUUCCAAAACUCAGAGCGAAUAUUUCGUCCGAAUCACUCAGAUUGUGAGAGGAACAUCUGAAACGUUACAGCGGAUCUUUAAAUCCCAUGGGCUCCACAUAUUCCACAAGUCUUUUAACUCGCUGCGAAAUCAAUUGACACAUGUAAAGGAUCGAUCAGAGAAAAUUGAAGAAGUACGGGGUCGUUUACCAAAUCCAAUGUGAACAAUGCCCGGAAAAUUAAAUUGGCGACACCGCCAGGCCUCUUUGUACCCCGAUCAAAGAGCACCAGUCCCGUGAUACUUCUGCCGUUUUCGAGCAUCAAUUGCCAGGCAACGGGUCACGACAUCAACCCACACAAUGUAAACGUAGUAUCUGAUAAAAACAACACCAUUAAGCGUAGAGUCAAGGAGGCCAUUGCUAUUGAACAAAGGAAACCAACCAAUUUACAGUCCUCUCUUGGAGGUUCUUAACUUUUCUGUCACACAACCUGUCAACUCACAACGCUGAUGAAGUCUGAGUGAUUCGGACGAAAUUUUUCGCUCUGAGUUUUGGAAUUUUAAUGAUGUUAGUAACGGGAAGAAUAAACUUCUUUUGGAACUUUUGAUUACUUCAAGAUAUGGAAGCCAAGUGCUCCAGUUUCACAGGCAUGAACAAUUCUGAAAAAAGUUAUGUUUCUUUUUAAAACAGUAUUGCUCUGUUUGUUUUUAAAAAAUUGGUUAUUAUGUUUACGAAUCUUUUCGCCUUAGAAACUAAAUAAAAGCAUGUGAAAUAGAGAUUAAUGAGAGCUACAACUAAUCCACUUUUUUUGUAUUUACUACGUAAGUUAGUUUUUAUUAUAAGUUUAUAUAGAGUUAGCCAGGGCUAAAAGCGAAGCUCUCGAUAAUUAUAGUUUGUUCAAACAAAAUAUAAAAUCGUGUAAUGCUAAGCGGAGAAGGCAACGCCGGAGAACGGUGAAAAACAACAAUUUGUCAUAUUAGCAAAAAUAUAUCUUUGCAUGUGCAGCACACUUUUUUCGUACAUUUCUUUGCCGUUGUUUUGCACGACUGCAACGCGAAACUUUUAGAAACUUUUUUUAUGGAGGAAUUGUCUUACGUGUUCUCGUUCACUUUUUUUUCACUGCCGCUCAUUUUCUCCUUACAUUGGUAGCCGCUAGCAUUUCUCACUUUGUCACCGCGGCUACAAAAGUUUCAUUUGUUCUUCCAACAAAAAAUGUCUCCUUUGUUUUUUAUCUCUCGCUCUAGAUCUCUGUCUCCCUUUUUCUCGUUGAGCUUCGCUGGCCUGCCGCUUGCUUUCUCUUUUUUCUCUGUCUUUCUCUUGCUCUAUAUGCCAAAUUUGUGGACAUGACAAUUAAUCUAAGCUUAAUACUUAAAAAAACACGGAUACAGAAACAAUUUCCGCUUUCCGUUUUCGUCUUUAUUGACUCUUUAGCUGCCUCUGCUUUACAAGACGCGGAUGGCUAUGCGAUUUCCCGCCAAAAUAACCUCAAGUUGCACUUGGGUUGCCAUACCUGUUGAUUGAGUUAUUUUACACUGGUAUGCCUGUGGUGCGGACGGACGGUCGCUCGGUCGGUGUACUGUCACGUGAUUACCAAAUUUUCUGAGAUGGAUAGAUUUUCUUACCCAUGGUACUCCGAGCUCCGCUAUUAUUAUUAUUAUUAUUAUUAUUAUUAUUAUUAUUAUUAUUAUUAUUAUUAUUAUUAUUAUUAUUAUUAUUAUUUUAAAAAUUGUGAUGCUUUAAUGACAGUACCGUUUCUGUAUAUGGGAAUGCUAAUAAAAUUUUUGCUGUUUUUGUUCUUUAUUAAUUUCAGCUUCUGAUCGUACGGUUGGUUCGUCAGCUGUUUACCGCGAGCUACCACCAGGAGAUUUCUUCACGUUUACUAUUCCUUUCUCCAUGAAAGGAUCUACAGAUGUAAGUACUGCUUGUCAACAACAACAAAAACAAGUAUCAGGGGUAGUGGUCGUAAAAGGCCUGCGUCGCCUCUGAUUAUUGAAAUUUCAUUUCUGUUUUUAUCUUUCAGGGACCACCCAUUCCACUUCCCAAAAAAUACGAGAAGGCGUUAAAAGAAAGAGAGAAGUAAGAAUUAAAAUGUACAAUGAGACAGCUUGUGUACAGCUGCCCCCUCCCUCAAACAAAAUCGCCUCCCUCCCCGAUUUUGUAUGAGGGGAGGGGGCGGGCGGCUGUAGACAGGCAAACGAUUAGAACACUCCUAUUUGUUUGCUUGGGAAGAUCUUCGUUUAAGUCACGUUGUCUGUCGCUUUUUACCAUAGCAUUUUAGGCAAAAAAUUUACAACAAUAUAAUUUUAAGACUUUCUACUUCUAGGGCAAUUAACAACUGGUAUUCGCUGGUAAAAACGUCGUCGCUAAGUAAAACGCAAAGAAGACAGCUGCAGAAAGAUGUCCAAGACAGAUUUCAGGUAAAAACUGUUGUCGAAUGUUGUUUUUGUUUAGUUGUUUUCAGAUGGCUUGGUUGGAUUUUUCAGGGCCAAUACCUCCCAAGUUUACGUCACCAUUCACAAAGAUAUAGGAAAACGAUCAGCGCAACUGUAUCAGACAAAGAUGAAAAUUUGUUUUGAGCUGUGUUAUGUUAUGUUGACGACUUGCAGCCGUAUUUUUAUUUUUUUUCCACGAUUGCUCAUCGGAGCUUUUUUCUUCAAUACCUGCCUCAAUAUUCGUGAAGUUUGAGCAAAAUCUAUGAGAGCGUUUUCGAGAUAUUUUGGGAUAAAAUUUACAAGGGUAGAAAUUUACACUACAGACUGGACAAUCUUGAUAUUUGGCCGUUAUCUUUAGAAAACAAAAGCGCGUUUGAAAUGCAGUUUGACCUUAUUAACGUAGUUUCAAUUUUAAAACGUGUGUGAAAGAUCAUGGGGAUAGCUUUAGCCGAUUGCUGGAAAGGGAGGUAUUGGCCCUGAAAAAUCCAAUCGAGCAACCUUUAAAAAACAACUUCUGUAUCGAAGGAAUGUUAAGAAAAGAAUCACACAGACAGAGGGGUUAUAAAACUAUAUAUCUCAGACAAGGAUCGCUGUUAGUUCAGAGAACACAGUUCGUGUUUGGAGUUUACGAAUCCUUACUAUAAUCAUUGAAGUAAAAACUAGGUAUACUGAGCAGUUCUUGUCCAAGUUUAUUGUCGGAGCCGUUGUCAACUGUUUGAACGCGUGCUUAUUUUCUUGGUUUCGUGGCUGAAAUCACGUUGUGAGCAUGACAUGUAUUUGUAAAUAUAUUUUUUCAGAUCUUGGAGCAGUACGAAUCUAUCCGGAUUGGCAAAAUCGCUAGGUGUUCAAUAUCUUUUUGAAAGCGGACUAGUCAUAAGUACUUACGUUGGUCAAAUGGUCGCUUGCGAUCAUGCAUGCUCAUGUGACCAAGAGUACGGCAAAGUGUACGUCAUUGGUCAGCAACACCUAGCUAUUAAUGAUUUGCAGAUAAGAUAUAUAAAUCGGGUUGCUUCUAGUAAGCAGCAUACUUUCCUGCGGCACUGUUGAUGUCGCAAAGGUUUGAAAGUUCGUGUAUCAUUUAUUGUUCCGCGAAGAUUUUUUUCGUGUCUUGGUUUAAAUAUAGUGAUACUCACGCUGAUGUGUCAACCAGAAGCGCAUUGGUUCUUUGUAACAAAAGAUUCUUUUCUUUGACUUGUUACAAAUUUGAAUAACAAACCCAAUGUUUCUAAACAUUGAUUUCUCCUAUAUGUGUUGCUGUGGUUAAUCUUUUUUGUUGUUGUUUUUGUUGUAGGAAUGGUUGGCAGAAAGUGGUCAUGCCACUCAACUGAACGGUCUUGUUCCGCCUCAUUCCAGCAAAUCUUAG